UUUACAUGCACGCCAAUGGGUAGGCCUACACAGGACCCUUUUUUCUAUCCCAUCCAAACCACUAUACGUUGUCCCUUGACAAGCCCUCGGUCCUGAACCAUGUCGGAAAAUCCCAAUGAACUUCUUGGCCAACACUGAGAUCAAACAUGGACCCUCCAGUUUAGCGAGCCAACAUCUUACUCACUCAGCCCCUGUGGCUCCAUGUUAAUCAAGAAGAACAUUGACUGAUUGAAGACGUUAUGCAAAAAAGCUCAGUGGCAAUGGCAUCAUUUCUAGAAGGUUUAAAAUAUUUUAUUAAAACAAGAGAAGAAAGACUUGCUGAUAGUGAUUGUGAACAAAUAUUUUACUUAGUAACUGUUUCAACCAAAUUAAAAAUACCAAUCAGUCUAAAAUCUGACAUCAUAAAUGGAAGAAUAGAUUGGAUUGAUGAUAUUGAAUUCUCAGACACAGAAUUUAAAGAUUUCACAGAUGAUGCAAGAAUCAGAGCUGCAGCGCAUGAUACGUCUGUUAUCCAAAGUGUGACACAAGGUGUUAUUGUAAAACAAGAAGCAGAAAACUCCAGCAUUAUCGAAAACAAAAAGUCUCAAGUAGACAAUAUAGUAGAUCAUGGAGUAGUUGGUAACUUUAAUGAUAGUUCUGAUAAUGAUGAUGACAAUUUUGAAAAUUUGGGAGAGCAUGGAAUUGAUGCUUUGAAAGUAACUCAGAAAAAUAUGAUUGAAAAUAUUUCUGAUACCAUAGCAAUUGCACUGCCUGAAAUUCCUAGAACAUGUAGGAAGAAAAGAAAAUGUGUUCUGAGUAAGAAUCUUGAAGAGAAAUUAAGAAUGGAAACUGGAAAUUUCAACUCAACAGAAAAAAACAAGGCUACUUCAAAGUCAAAGAAAAAGAUAAAAGAGCAGAUUCCAUGUGAACACUGUGGAAAAUGUUUCCGCAGUUUAAACCAUCUACGGUAUCAUCUUCCUAUCCAUAUAACAGAACGAUUGUUUAAAUGCACAUUUUGUUCAAAAAGUUUUAAAUCAGAACCAGUAUUGAGGAGACAUCUUUAUUUUCAUUCAGGUCUUCGACCAUUUACCUGUGACAUUUGUGGGAAAACUUUUAAUCUAAAUGCUUCACUUCAAGGUCACAUGCGUUGUCAUACAGGAGAGAAGCCAUUUAUUUGCCAUAUUUGUGGAAAACAAUUCAGAGCUAAAGGCAAGCUGAGGAUUCAUGUUUUGAAACACGGUGAUGCUAGGCCAUGGAAGUGUGAAUUCUGUCCCAAAUCCUUUGUUAGUAAAGCAGAGCUCACACAACACACUAGAAUCCACACAGAGACACUGAAGUUCCAAUGUGAACUUUGUGGGAAAAAGUUUCGUACACAGGGUUCUCUGAAUGUACAUGUUAAAAUACAUUCAGGUGAAAAACCCCACGUGUGUUCACUUUGUAACAAUGGGUUUGCAACUGAUGCCUAUCUUAAAAAACAUACCAAAACACACAAAAACUUACGAAAUUACAAAUGUGAUGUUUGCGGGAAGCUUUUUAAAUGUAAUAGUAACCUUAAAAAACAUCAGGUUACACACAGUGAUGCACGUCCUUUCAAAUGUAACAUCUGUCAAAAAGAUUUUAAACUUUUUUAUGUUCUUCAGCAGCAUGCUAAAAUGCAUCAAGAUGUGAAAGAAUAUAAGUGUCAAUAUUGUGAAAAACAUUUCAGUUUCAAUAGUAGUCUUUAUUCACAUCUUAAAGUACAUCAUAAAAAUGAACAAUUAGAAUAAUCUCUUUAACCAUGGAGAUAUUUUAUUUCUAAAGAUUACUCAUGUAAGGAACCCUCUCAAAAUUUCAACAAUUUCAUCCAAACAAUAGCCUGUGGCUAGAUCUUGGAAUUUUGAUCCAACUCCCAGUCGGUGCCAACUCAUCAUUAAAAUGUUGACACAGAUAGAUUUUGAUGCAAGGUUAAACAGAUAUUAUGUAAGAGCUAAAUCUGCCUAUUGCAGGUCUUUCUUUGGGCCUUAAAAGUUAUUUAAUUAUUAAUAAGACAUUUAUUAACAUGACAAGACCAUAAUCAACUCUUGAUGCCAUCGGAUGGCUCUGAUUUUAAGUAGAUUAGAACGGGUUGGUCAUUUAAUGAUUUGAUAUAAAAAUGGAGAAGCGGGACUAAGACUCGACCAGUACAGUAGUUACGAUAAAUGCACACAUCUUGUCAAAACUUCAACCAUUGAUUCACUUCACUCAAAAUAAGUAAUUUGAAUGAAAUUUUCAAUAUAUGCAUUUUGCAUUAUCUAUUUUUGAAAUAUCAAAGCAUGAAUGGCCAGCUCUUUAUCUAAAUCUUAAAUAAUGUCCCUUUAAUAUUAAAUAACCAAAAUAUUAAUCAUAAUUUUCUAUCUGUGGUAGUGGAUGUUAAACCCCAUUCGUUUGGAUGCAAGUGUUUAAAUUUUGCAGUGAUCCCUAAAGGAGCAUGUGAAUACAAAAAAUGUCAUCUAAACAAUCAGUAUAUCUGUGUUAUAAUAAAGUAGUCAAAUUUA